ACGCGUCAGUAUCUCAACAACUAGCAAACAUAUAUAUUAUAAAAUUUAUUUAAAAUUAAUAUAAUAAUUUUAUAUAUUAAUUAUGAAAAAAAAAAUGAAAAAAUUUAAAUUAUCAAUUAUUAUUUUAUUGAUAAUAUUUAUGGUGAUUAAUGUUGAUGGUGUACAUAAAAAAAAAGGAAUGAGAUCUAGAAGAACUGGCAAAGAUAUACGUAGAUUAAAAAAAAAAGAUGGUGCUGUUAAACUUGUUGGUGGUAAAUAUAAUAAUGAGGGAAAUGUUGAGAUUCUUCAUGAAGGAAAAUGGGGAAAUAUAUGUGAUGAUGAAUGGGAUCAUUUGGAGGCAACAAUUGUAUGUCGACAAUUGGGUUUCGAUGGGGCUAUUGAAGCAACAAGAAAUGCACGUUUUGGACAAGCACGAAGACGAUUUUGGUUAAACAAUAUGUUUUGUGAUGGAACUGAACAAUCAUUGUCGAAAUGUCGUUUUGAUCAUUGGGGAAAUUAUAAUUGUGAUAGUAGUGAAGCUGCUGGUGUUAUUUGUAUUGAUGAAGAAAGACCAAAAAAAACAUAUGAUUAUCAAUCAAAAAAAAGUACCAUAAAUGAUUCUUACAAAUUUGUAAAAUUACGUCUUGCAAAUGGUCAAAAUAGAAAUGAAGGAAGAGUAGAAAUAAAACUUGGAAAUGAUGAUUGGGGAGCUGUUUGUGGUGAUGGAUGGUCAUUAUUAGAAGCUGGUGUUGUUUGUCGUCAAUUAAAUUUUGGCUAUGCAUCAAAAGCAAUACAAAUAAAUUACUCAAAUAAUCAAAAAUUACCAAUUUCCAUGAGUGGAAUUAAAUGUCGUGGAAAUGAAAAAUCUAUUUCUGAUUGUUUGCAUGAUACAAUUAAACAAUGCCCAGGUAAUAUUGAAAAUGUUGCAAGUGUUAUUUGUAAAUGGAAUAUAGCUGAUUUAGUUGUUGAUCAUGUUGAAUUAAUGAGAACAGCUCAUUUAGAAGACAGAGAAUUAUAUAAAUUACAAUGUGCAAUGGAAGAAAAUUGUAUUGGUUCACAAGCUUAUAAAAUCCAACGACAAUCAAAUGAUUGGCAUCGUGAAACUCGUAGAUUAUUAAAAUUUACAGCUAAAAUAUUAAAUUCUGGAACUGAUGAUUUUCGUCCUAAUGUACCAAAAAAGCUCUGGGAAUGGCACAUGUGUCAUAUGCAUUAUCAUUCAAUGGAAGUAUUUGCAACUUUUGAUAUAAUUGAUUCGACUGGUAAGAGAGUUGCUGAGGGUCAUAAAGCAUCAUUUUGUCUUGAAGAUAAUCAGUGUAUGCCGGGAACAAUACCAAGAUAUAAAUGUGCAAAUUAUGGUGAUCAAGGAAUAAGAGUUAAUUGCAGUGAUAUUUAUCGAUACAAUAUUGAUUGUCAAUGGGUUGAUAUAUCUGAGCUUUUGCCAGGCCAAUAUACCUUCAAAGUUGCUGUUAAUCCAGAAUUUAAAGUUGGUGAAAUGUCAUUUGAAAAUAAUGCAGCUGAUUGUAAAUUACUUUAUACUGAAUCAUUCGCAAUUGUUCACAGUUGUAAACUUGGUAGACCUUGAAUUUAAUUACCAGUGUUAUUUUAACUUUAAGAUUUUUGAUUUGAUACAACGAGUAAAUAAGAUGAUCGAGUAAUUUGUGUAAUUUCCUGGAAAUAAAAUAAAUUUAAUUAUUAAAAAAUAUCAUAAUAUAAUUAAUUUACUGAUAUGUCUUAUUAUUUAUUUAUCAAGAUAUUAUAUUUAAAAAAUCAUGAUUUAUUCAUUUUUUUUUAAAUCAUAACAACUUUGCUGUAUAAAAAAACAAAAAAAAAAAAAAAACGAAAAAUCAGACAGAUGUCUUUCAAGCGAUAUUUGAUUGGCAAUGAAAUUAUUUUAUUUAUUUUUCGUUGAUUUUUUUGUACCUCAAUUUUAAAUGAAUAUAUUUUUGUUUGACAUAAAAAUUUUAUGUACUUUUAUUAUAUCUGCUUGUUUAAGCUUAAUUAAUAUGAGAUUAUGAGAAUAAAUCAUUUUUAUUUGUUCAGCUUUAUAAAUGUUGACAAAUUUUUUUUGUUAUUGAUAUCUGUUGAAUAACACUUGGAAUAUUUUGCAUAUAAAAA